CUUUGGUUCUGGGUAUUAUUGAAAGUCAAAAUUCUCUCCUUUGAGCGUAUUUGAGCAUGACAUGCAGUUUUGUUCUGUAGUCCCUGGAAAACAAGUCAGUAUCUUGUUAGAACGAGGGUAAGGCCAGUGUGAGCUGGUUCUGUGGUUGCUGUGGGACAGGACUGUGUUUGAGGUACUACAGAGGGUGACCCACGUACCCAGUCCAACCCUGCACAGGCACUUAGUGGAAUAUUAGUAGCUGACUUCGCCCCAUCCGAAGGGGGUUUGGACUCAACGAUAGCAUCACAAUAUAGUCCAACGCUCCAAAGUACCAUCUACUCCUGUGCAGCUUCAGGACGUAUAAUCUGCUCUACGGAAAAGCCAAAAAAACUGUCUGUUGACUCUGCAGUCAGGGUAGCCUUGGUUUAGAAUUGUGAUGCCUGAGAAACUUGUCUACCUGGAGCCUUUCCAGAAGUGAUCUCGCUCGCUCUCCUCCCCUCUGCCAUUAAUUUUCCUGACAGGCUAGAAGAAUGUUUGAAGGUGAGAUGGCCAGUUUAACUGCCAUCCUGAAAACAGACACAGUGAAAGUGCCCAAAUCCAUCAAGGUCCUGGAUGCCCCGGGAGGCAGCAGCAUGCUAGUGAUGGAGCAUUUGGACAUGCGGUAUCUGAGCAGUCAUGCUGCCAAGCUUGGAGCCCAGCUAGCAGAUCUGCACCUAGAGAAUAAAAGGCGUGGAGAGACGCUGCAGAAGGAGGCCAGCAGAGUGGGGAGAGGAGGUGGGCAGGAGGAACGGCCCUUCGUAGACCAGUUUGGGUUUGACGUGGUGACGUGUUGUGGAUAUCUCCCCCAGGUGAAUGACUGGCAGAAGGACUGGGUCACAUUCUAUGCCCAGCAGCGCAUUCAGCCCCAGAUGGACAUGCUGGCGAAGGGGUCUGGGGACAGAGAUGCCCUCGAGCUCUGGUCUGCUCUGCAGUUGAAGAUCCCUGAUCUGUUCCUUGAUCUGGACAUCGUCCCAGCCCUGCUCCACGGAGACCUCUGGGGAGGAAACGUAGCAGAGGACUCCUCUGGGCCCAUCAUCUUUGACCCAGCCUCCUUCUACGGCCACUCGGAGUAUGAGCUGGCAAUAGCCGGCAUGUUUGGGGGCUUUAGUAGCACCUUCUACUCUGCCUACCACAACAAGAUCCCCAAGGCCCCCGGAUUUGAGAAGCGCCUGAAGUUGUAUCAGCUCUUCCACUAUUUGAACCACUGGAAUCAUUUCGGAUCAGGGUAUAGAGGGUCCUCCCUCAACAUCAUGAGGAACCUCAUCUAGUGAGCUUGCUCCGCUCCGGAGGGAGGCCUGUGCGAGGAGCCUGCCGGAGCCUUAGGUUCAGAUGUACCAGAUCCUAACCCUCUGGUUCCCCCACAGUCCUCUUCUUCAGGGGUUCUGUCCCAUUUCUUCACACCUGGAGAGGCUUCAGACCAACUUUCCAAGCCUUGGAAAGUAUGUAAUGUCUCAGAAGAGAGGUGUUGUCAUCCUAAAGCUGUACAUUUCGUUAGACUUCGUAGUUGGAUAAACCAUACUAGUAAUGUGAACAGAGGGACCUCGCAGUGUGGGGCCAUGUCAAACCAAACAACUGCCCCAAAGGUAGAGAAGGGAAGUGGCCGGUGUGCCAUGCACUGCUGCCACGGGCACCUUCCCACCAUCCCCUCCCGUCUCGCCUCCAGGAGUGACUCGAGUUCAGGAUGACGCUACUCGAUGGCUGAGUGUAGUCUAGGCACGAAACCGUCUCACUAGGGCAGCCGUGGGCAAACUACGGCCCGUUUGAAAUGAAUAAAACUAAAAAAAAAAAA